AAAAUGUGAAAUAUUUGUUAGUAAGCAUAGUGUAUUCUCAGCUUUUCAAUGAUUCCAAGAUGCAUUAGAUAUUCUAUUUUUUGAUCUUUAGAUUUCAUUAGUGAUUGAAAUUAUGUUUGUUGACAUAAAUCUUUACAAGAUCCACUUGUAACUAGAGGAGGUUGAGAAGUACCUUUCCGGGUUCACAAAAGUGGACGACAAUCGGUACUCAAUGAAAAUCUUUUUUGAGAUAAGGAAGCAAAAGCAUCUUGAGGCAUUGGAUAAGCAUGAUCGUUCCAAGGCUGUGGAUAUAUUAGUAAAGGAUUUGAAAGUUUUUGCCACAUUUAAUGAAGAACUUUUCAAGGAAAUCACUCAGCUCUUGACAUUGGAGAAUUUUAGAGAAAAUGAGCAACUUUCCAAAUAUGGAGAUACCAAAUCUGCUAGAGCAAUCAUGUUGGUGGAGCUUAAAAAACUAAUUGAAGCUCCUUUAUUUCAUGAUAAAUUGCAAUUCCCAAACCUUAAAAAUUCAAGGUUACAGACUCUCAUCAACCAAAGGUAA